AUGGCUGAUAACAUUCCUAUAGGGUUUCAUUUUAGACCUAGUGAGGAAGAACUGAUCUUCCUACUUUGGCUGAAGGUUGCAAACCAGCUUGAUGAAACGGACCAUGUCAAGGAAAACAUACUUUACGGUGAAAGUGCAGAACCCUGGGAUGUUUUGGGGGAUGAUGAUGUUUGUUGGCAAUUCUAUGAUGACAGUGGAAAAGGGGCUAGUACAAAAAGAAUGGUCUGUGUCUUUACCAAGUUGAAGAAAUUGAGUUCCAAGAAAACUGCAAGAACGACUAGUUUGGGGAUGUGGGACGAAGAAACAAAGUCAUACCUAGUUGAGGAUAUGAUUACUGGCGAGAAAAUUGGUUCGAGGAGGAUGCUAAGUUAUGUUUUGAAUUCAGGUUCAAAACGGGUGAAAGUUGGCUGGAUAAUGCAUGAGUAUUUGGUCGAUGGUGCGUCAUUGAAUGGGUUAAACAACAGUCAUAAUACUGAUUAUGUUCCUUGCAGAACAAUAAAGGAUGAUUCUAAGUAUACCAAAGUCAAAGAAUCUAGAAAGAAAGGAAAGAUUGCGAAAGAAAAAGAGGUUGGAAAUCGUGUACGCUGUGAAGUUGUCUUGGGCAAGAAAGUUCACAAGUGA